UCUAAAGGGCAAACAUGAUGGCGUGUGCUUGACAAACCAACACCUAACCAAACUGAGAGGAUUUACACUUUUCACAAGGUCUGAGUUUAUCAGCUGCAUUUUGGAAGGGAUCUGGUUCUGGACAAAAAAACAACAACAAAACACCACCAAGGAUGAUCCGGCAGCUCAAGGCAUGAGUCUGUCUCAGUGCUUUAUGCAUGCCUGUCAUUUAGGAUACUAUUACCUGGACUGAUGAGCUUUAUUACAACGCAGAAACAGUAACUCCCGAGGAGAAUGACAUCUCUGCUGAACGCGCUCUCUCUGUGUCUCUGUGUCCUCAGGAUCUUUGUUACAGUGGUACAGGGAGACUUUGUGGAUCUCCCUGCAGACGAUUCCAUACACUCCUUGGCAGAAAAGGAGACCGUCCUGCCCUGCCGCUACCAGCCAGCCACGGGCGGUGUGGUGGUGCAGGUCACCUGGUUUAAGGAGGAACCUGACGCCACAAAGGACCAGAUCAUCACUGCAAACAGUAAUGAACAGGAAGCAUUUGGAACAUGGCUUCAACGUGUGCGCUUUAAAAGCAGCGACCCCACCGCGGACUCGUCUCUGGUCAUCGCGAACACAGAUGUCUCAGAUGAGGGGAAAUACAUCUGCCACAUUAGUACCUUCCCCUCAGGAAACUUUGACACAGAGAUGUCACUCAUCGUGUGGACCAUUCCUAUCUCCUCCCUGGACCCUGUGAUUCUAGUCGAGGGACAGUCCUACAGGCAGGCUGCUUCCUGUCGCUCUGUAGCCCGCCCGCCUCCUCGCCUCUCCUGGGACUCCGACUUGAACGGCCAGUCCACCAGUCGAUCCUCCAACAAUGGGGUGGUCUCCUUGCAAUACUCUCUGCACCCCUUGAGAAGCAUGAAUGGCAAGAAGCUGGACUGUCUGGUGUGGCAUCCAACUUCGGCGAGCCCUCGUCGGCUCAGAAACAACCUGGUGGUGCACUAUCCUCCAGAUGCAGAGAUAUCUGGCUACAAUAGAGACUGGUACGUGGGUUUGAAUAAUGCUGCCCUGAGGUGCGUGAGUGGAGGAAACCCCAAACCACAGAAUUUCACCUGGAUCAGAGUGAAUGGAGAGUUGCCGAAAGGUGUGAUCCCCCACCCCAAUGGAACACUAGCUUUUGCAAGACCCCUAAAUGCGACAGACAGAGGCACCUACCAGUGUGUGGCGACGAAUGAAGUGGGAGUAAGCAAGGUGGAGGUGGAAGUUAGUGUGGCAGAAUCCCCCGAGGAGCACAAAUAUAUUGAGAACAUGCUGAUGAUCACCGUGGGGGCCGCGGCUAGCGGGGUACUGAUCUUGAUGCUCAUCGUCAUCAUCACCAUCACUUGCCACCACAAACGCAAGAACAAGAAACUGGAGAAGGAGCUGACUGAGAAGAAGGAGGAAAUAAGCACUCUCUCCAGGCAGGCUUCUUUCAGGAGGAUGAAUUCUAUCAGCACAGAUGCCAGAGGAGCGACAGAAGAAAACAUCCCUCUGAGGGUGGAGGGAACCAUAAGGACCAGCAUGUCGUCGCUCGGGGAUCAGGCUCACUGCCGUGACAGCCGAUCUACUAUCUCAGGUGGGAGGGGAGGAGGAGUGGGAGCGUAUGAUUACCUGGGCAGACCAGUCCUGCACAACAACUCGCGGAGGGGGAGAGAGAGACUAUUGGACAGAGACGAAGAGAACCGACUCAGAGUGGAGUCAUAUGUGAGAAACAGCAGUAUGUCGUUGCAGGAAACUCGCUUCCACCCUCCUCUCACGCCAUCAGCCUUCCCGAUGGUACAGUCCACUGAAAUUGUCAGAAGACAGCUAAACGGCAGCGCCAUCAUCCCAACAGAUGGGGGUUCACGGCCAGGAAGUGUCACCAAGAAUCACCAGCACCCCCCAAUGAGCUGCAACUACCCACCAGUGACAGAUGAUGAGGAUGAAGUGGAUGAAGGUCUGGGGGGUCCUGCCAGUCAGGAGCAUCCGGAUGACCAAGACAGCGAGACCAACAGCUCCCAAGUGUCCGAGGCUCACAGUACACUACGCUAUCAGCAGACUAACGGCACUCUCAGACCCAAACCCCGACCAAGUCCCACUGUGGUUAGUCCCCAUGCCUCCCUCAUCCACAAGGCCCAGAUAGUUUAGCAGGCAGCUAACAUGUUAAACAACAAGACUGACAAGCUCUGGUUCUUGGAGGUGCUUCAAAUGUGGAUGCACUGGCAAGGUUCAAUCUACACCUUGACUACAAUGCUGUAUCUUCUUUAUUGUGCGGGAACAUGGUGCAAUAGAAGUCUCUAAAGAAAAAAAAUCUACUCCAAAGCAUCUACUAGACACUUCCGGAUCUCUGCGUGAUGCGUUGUGUAUAUCCCCUGGAUUACUGACACAAGCAAAGACAAUGUCACAAUAUUUCCAGUGCAGCUACUACAGCGUUUAAUCGCAGAUGAUAUUCCUUGUUUAUAUUUUGCAAUACAGUAUCUGUUGCUCUGUAUAUCAUAUUGACCUACCUUUUGUGGGGGAUGUUGAAAGCACGUGCAGUAGGAAAUCAGGAAAUGCAGGAGAAGAAGACGAAGCUGAGGGAAUGUUGGUACAUCAGAAAAGUAGAUUGCAACACCCCUGUACCGAGGGUGUAUUUUUGCUUUAGUGGUGUGCAGUAUUAAGUUCUCUUACACAACAUGUUUUGGGAUCUGAUCCAAACCAUGGGCUUGUUCCUCUCUUGCCACACCUGCAACAUGCAUACCUCCAUUUUGUCUUCCUGUCAUUGUGCCUUUCCCUUAAGCACUGAGACAGUUUGGAUCAGAUAAUGACUUCAUACUGCCAAAACAUAGUGUCUUUACAUGUUGUGAUUCGAAGAUCUGUAAAUUUGUACAAAUAUGGAAAUUAUUUCCUUUAACAAAAAAUAUAUUUUCUGAUGUAUUUUUAUAACACUUCACUCCAGGUCAAUUAUCAUACCAACAAAUGAAUCUUCUAGUUCCCAUAAUGCUCCCAUAAAAUCAAUAUACAUUGCUCCUGUGUUGCGAGGAUUGCAUAUGUUGGGUUCCUUCCGGUAUUCACAUGCAUACACAGCAGAUGAAAGCUGGAAAAGCUGCCAGAUGUUUGUAAAAUGCUUUUUAAUUUCACAUUGUAUUACAUGUUAUUAUAUCGCUUGAUGGCUACUUCUGUGAAUCCAUCUGAACUCUUACACUAGAGACCGAGAUGGAAAGUCAGUAAGCUGCCACAACUGUGGACUUUUUCAACAUCCGAGACAGGAAGAUGCCUUUCCAAGAGGAAUUUGACAUGAAUUGUUACAGACUUUUAAUAAUGUGUCAAAACCAUGCAUGCAUUUGUAUCUGUGAUCAUUGGUUUUAUAUCUUUGUUUAUAUGUGUUCUGAGUGUUGUUGGGUUGUGUUACACCCCUGAUAGGGGAAGCAAUGUGCCAAAGGGAAAAUAUAAAAAAAAAUCACUUUUGCUUUUGCAAAUAUGAAGUAUUAUUAUUGUUCUUUGUUUGAUGUUACCUUCUGUAUAUACUAUAUAUAGAUACUACUUUUUCCAACACAAAUGCAAAAGAUAUCAAAAUGUUACAAAUGUUGUUUAAAAGUAUGUUGGGAGAGUUAGUGGCAAAGGCAACGUUCCAUAUGUUAUUUGCCGGCAUCGACAGGUAAGAGUAGCAGUUGAAUGGUAUUAUGUUUGAGUGUACGUGAGUUGUAUUUGUUGCAGACAUUGCCCCCUGAUGUGUACUGCUGGAAAGUGCAGGGGCCUUAAUGAUCUUACAAACUGCAGUACUAUGUAGACUCUGCAUUCAACUGUGAUUUUGGAAAAUGAUCUUCCUGGCCAUGUGCCUGGAAUCUCAUUUAUUUUGAGGGCUAUGUCUGGGUGUCAGCUUGUAUUGAUGGGUUGAAAUAAAUGUGCAUGUUUUUUCUAAAUGUACAGCAUUUGGGUAAAAAACUAUUGUCUGGAUCGUCUGGAUUUACACUGGUACUUAUUUUGGUCUGCUAGGAAAUUGUCUGUUGAGAUUCCUCUGGAGGGUUUUGCAGGGGUAUCUCAGAUUAAA